AUGCUAAAUGUGCUCCUGUGUCUCGAUAAUGAUCAUGUCCAUUAUGUAACGAGCAAGAGAUUUGUAGUGUUUGAAGAAAUAAAUAUCCAGAGGCUGGAUCUUUCCCAUACAUCCUUCAGGUUUAUAUUUAUUUUAUAUUUUUAUAGCGGUCAGCUGAAAAUUUCUUCCCACAUAUCUGUGCUGCAUGUGGAACAAGAAGUUGUAGGAGAUGACACUACUGCUUUGGAUAGUGUUUUAGAAUGUGAUGAAAAAAGACAGAAUUUAAUAUUGGAAGAAAAGAAGCUUCUUCAGUUAAUGAAUAGUAAUGGCCCAGUUGCUCCUGAUGACAGCCAACUUAAUGGCCGUUUACAAGAAAUAUACAUAGAACUUCAGCAAAUAGAAGCUGACAAGGCACCCGCUCGAGCUUCCGUUAUAUUAGCAGGCUUGGGAUUUUCUUCUGAAAUGCAAAGAAAAGCAACAAAGGAAUUUUCUGGUGGUUGGAGAAUGAGAAUAGCUUUAGCCAGAGCUUUAUUUUCAAAGCCUGAUUUAUUAUUGCUAGAUGAACCAACUAACAUGUUGGACAUGAAGGCCAUUAUUUGGUUAGAAAAUUACUUACAGACUUGGGAAUCUACCAUUUUGGUUGUUUCACAUGACCGUCGAUUCUUGGACACAGUAGCUACAGAUAUAUUGCAUUUUCAUUCACAACAUAUAGAAGCUUAUAGAGGUAAUUAUGAAAAUUUUGUCAAAACUAUGACUGAAAAGUUAAAGCAUCAACAAAGGGAAUAUGAAGCACAGCAGCAAUAUAAAGCUCAUGUGCAGGAAUUCAUCGACAAGUUUCGUUAUAAUGCAAAAAGAGCUUCAUUAGUGCAAAGCAAGAUCAAAAUGCUAGACAAGUUACCAGAAUUGAAACCUGUGGAAAAGGAAACUGCGGUUGUUCUGCGGUUUCCAAAUCCUGAGCCUCUACAGCCACCUGUACUCCAGUUGGAUGAAGUGUCCUUUACUUAUCCUUCUGCCUCAAAGCCAGUGUUGUACAAUGUAAAUCUGUCCGCAAAUAGUGGAUCCAGAAUUUGUAUAGUUGGUGAUAAUGGUUCUGGCAAAACGACAUUGUUGAAAAUACUUAUUGGAGAGCUUGAACCAACGAAAGGCAUUCGUCACAGCCAUCGUAACUUAGUGAUAGGAUAUUUCACUCAGCACCAUGUUGAUCAGUUAGACAUGAAUCUUAGCUCUCUAGAAUUUCUUGCAAGAAGAUUUCCAGGUAGAUCUUCAGAAGAGUAUCGAAGGCAGCUCGGAUGUUUCGGUGUUACUGGUGAUUUAGCCUUACAAUCAGUUGCUAGUCUUUCAGGAGGUCAGAAAAGUAGAGUGGCUUUUGCAGCUAUGGCUAUGCUUAAUCCACAUUUUUUGGUGCUUGAUGAACCUACCAACCAUCUUGAUGUAGAAACAGUCGAUGCACUUGGUAUUGCUCUACAGAAUUUUACAGGUGGAGUCAUUUUAGUAUCUCACGAUGAACAAUUAAUAGAAAUGGUCUGUCAAGAACUGUGGGUGUGUAGAAAUGGAACAGUCUCAUCUAUAUCAGGUGGAUUUUCACAAUAUAGGAAGCUAGUAGAAGAUGAAUUAGCAGCACACACAUAACAUUCUGUAUUUAUAUUUUUACAAAUUUUAAAUAAACAUUUAUUUAAUGCAGUU